AUGCUGUCUUGGAGCUCAAUCCGAUCGGCCCUCAUCUUCUUCGGGCCCAUGCUCCUCCCUCGAAUCAUCGCCUUUUACCGCAGUCUCCGAGCACCAAACAACGCACAACGCAUACCCGUACCGCCAGAAGCAUCUCGUGCCCUGAACCUCGUCUUCGCCAGCGCCGUCGUCUCGCUUCUGUUCACCCUCCCAUACCUUACACCCGUCAACAUCUUCUCAAAAACUGGCUCGCGACUACAGACUCCGACACCGGUUCUGUUCAACAGACUAGCCUCGGCCUCUCCUCAACACGAGACACUACGCCAAAUCUUUACCGACGGGGGACUGGAAGCAAGACUACAAUACCUCCGCUUUGGCCCUAAUGUCCUGUGCAACUGCCCCUUGGUCGACGACCCCAAGGCCCAGAAUGCUGGCCUCAACUACCUGAUCUGCACUCUACCUUCGCUGCUCAAGACCCACCUGAUGCAUCUGCUCUUCCUCGGCCUCGCUACCUCUUCUCUCAUCGGCGGCACGCUCUCUGCUCGUUGGAGAACCGCUGCCAUACUCUCAGCCGUUGCAGUCAUGGUCGUAGACUUCGCUUCUGUCUUUAAUUACGAUCACCAACGCAAUGCCCGCGCCGCUACCUUCUCUGACGUCGAGAACUUCUUCUGGACGAGGAAUUUGGUCUCUCAUCUCGCCAUCUGCAUCACCGAUGCUGCUAUAGGCGCUUUGAUCUGGGCUUCUGCCACCAACCGUGCUUUCGUGAUCCCGCCUUCUCCGGCUGUCAUCCUCGAGUCACAAACCAGAGUACUGGAAAAGUCGCUUGCAAAGUUCAGAUCACUCGGUGCUGUCAGGAACGUGGUCAUGAGGGAGUCGGGCUUCAGAACAAAGGUGGGCGAGUACUGGAGGAAGGAAGGAGAGAUUAUGCAUGAAGUUUUGGAAGAAAGAGAUGUGGUGGAAGCUGUCAAUGAGGUUCUGGCCAAGAUGGACGUGGAUGGUGUUACAAAGGGUGCGGAUGAACAUUCGUCAGAGUAUUGGUGA